AGGUUUUCUGCUCACCACCCCCCCCCGCCCCGGCAAGAUGACACACGGAGCUCGGCUGAUUAUCUCCCGGGCCGUUGCGCCCAGUCACUUUGAUUUCUGCCUCGGAUUCUCCUUUUGCGAACCACAACCGACUGAGGACUCACCGAACGCACCGGGGAGCCGGAGGGUCCCCACGGAGGAGCCGCCCCGCUGCCCCUGCGGCAGCACACGGGGGCGAGCAGCACCCGUUAUAAGGGGACCCCGGCCGUAUCAGAUUCUCAAGACAGAAGCUACUAAGUGCUUCCAGAAAAUGGCAGGAAGAAAAGUCCUGAUAGUCUAUGCACAUCAAGAGCCCAGGUCCUUCAAUGGAUCUUUGAAGAGGAUUGCUAUGGAAGAAUUAAGCAAGCAGGGCUGCAGUGUCACAGUUUCUGAUUUAUAUGCAAUGCAGUUUGAGCCACGAGCAACAAGAAAUGAUGUUGUUGGUUGCUUGCACAACUCAGAAGAGUUCAAUUAUGGUGUGGAGACAUGGGAAGCUUACAAGAGAGGAGGUUUGUCCAGUGAUGUGAUUGAAGAGCAAAAGAAGGUGCAGGGAGCAGACUUGCUGAUUUUUCAGUUUCCCUUGUAUUGGUUCAGCAUGCCAGCAAUCAUGAAGGGCUGGAUGGACAGAGUAUUGGUCCAAGGAUUUGCUCAUGAGUUUCCAAACUGUUAUGAUUCUGGUUUGCUCAAGAACAAAUUAGCCCUGUUUUCUUUCACCACUGGAGGAAGCGAAGAGAUGUAUGCAAAAGGAAGUAUCAAUGGUGAUAUUCGCUAUCUCCUGUGGCCCAUGCAGUCCAGCAUGGAAUUAUGCACUUUUGUGGCGUCAAAGUCCUUGCACCUCACAUCUGCUUCGCUCCGGAGUAUGUCUCUGAGGAGAAGAGGAAGGAGAUGCUGAUUGCUUGGGCCCAGCGUCUAAAGACUCUUUGGAAGGAAGAACCCAUAAACUGCUCUCCUGAGUGGUAUUUCCAGUAAUGUUCAAGUACAAGACUACAAAGAGAAGAUCUUUUUUCUCCUCUUUCUGAUGCUCUAUCUCAAUACCUGAAUGCCAGUCUCUUAAUUCAAAUGUUUUAUAAGUACUACAGCUAGCAGCUUAACUGGCAAUAUAGCAUUUAUCUUCAUUGACUCCUAGGAAUUCUCUUCAAUGAUGGUGCAAAACUCUUUGUGAAGAAUUAUCCAUGCUCAUAUAAACAGUGACAUCCUGCCUACAAGUGGUUGAUAACACAAGCAGUAUUUAAUUGCAGAUUAUACCACUGCUGCUUAUGAAACAGUAAAGUACAUUGCCAAGCUUAUUUUAACACUUUUUGUACCAACUGCCACUUUUUUUUUUUUUAUUUGCCAGGGAAUAUGCUGCUCAUACUCAACCUUGUUACGGCCAAUCCUGUUCUUUUAAAUGAGAGCUCUACACUUGCACCUUUGAGCUAUAAACCCAGAUCAUGAAUAAUGCAACAGGAUGUACAGUUGCACAGUGAUGUAGACAGCUCGAAAGCCUUGUGGACAGCCUUAGGCUUUUCCACAUAUUUACAAAACAAUAUUAGAGCUAGGACAGAUACCAGAAAAGGAAAAAAACAUACAAAUAUUGUAUAGCAGUAUGUACAUUCCUAUAGAAUGUAGCUCCCAUUUGUACAUAAAAAUGCAGCUUCCUAGAAUCAAAGGGAAUUCUCUGUUUUUGUUAACCUAAGUAGAGACAAAAAGGAAUCCUAUCUGUUCCCUGCCCCUUCAAACAGUCAGUAUUGUUGUUUGGGCCUGGAGGGCUGGGUGCAUGGUGUCCAGCAUCAGCAUAGGUGGGCUUCCUUGGAGAUCUCCAGCCAGGCAGAAUGCCUACCCAGAAACCUGCAAGAGCACCAUCUGUCUACAAGCCAGGAUCAAAUGGGACAAAAUGGCUGACUGGCUCUUAACAUCCGUGAUUUUUGCCUGGAACUUUAGCAGGAUUAUUUUUUGUUUGAGAGCUGUUAACCCCUUUUGUGCAUAUGGCACAGGGUGGGUUACUUACUUAGCUACACAAUUUCUUGCUUUGGUUAUCUUACUUAACAGCUGCCUUUGCACUUUGAUAUUAAAAGAAUGUGGCCUGAAUAAGAAAUGGUCUUCUGAGUCACUGUCAAAUGACACUUAGGCCUCUGCAUACAGAGCGGGCAUCUGCCAUACAUUCUUUGUAGCAGCCUUGUCAUGACCCACCCUUAUGUUUCUUUAAGGGCUAUUUGGAUAAUAAAGAUGCUGAGCCCAGAUUCUGGAGUGGCAACAUAAACUGAUACACCAGACUGAGAGUUGCUACCACAGAGAAAGAUUUGUGUGUUCCUGUUUGUCACCAUAUGAAGUGAAGGCCCACCUCUAGCAGAGACAGACCCCUGUAAGCAGUGCUGCCCUAAGCUGUUCCAGAUGUCUGCUUCAGUGUGUGUGAGUCUGUCUUUAGGUUACACAAGCAAGAAAUCUGCUUUGGCUCAACAACUCUUAUAUAGGAAAAAGAAAGUGAAAGGGAAUAAAAUUGGAAAUGUGAUACACAUACAUUGUGGGGAAGGCUAGUUCUUGCCCAAAAGACUUAGGGAAAACAACUCUAAGUUAUCUGAAGAGAGAUUGCAAGACAACUGCAAAUUAAAACUGUAUAGGAGAGGAAUCAUCUUUAUGUUCACUGUGUUCAGUUACCAGACUAUUCAAGAAAGAAGGAAAUGGAUAUGAAAGCAGAAGUUGAAACUGUCAAACCACGUGUUACUGUACUGGAUCAAUUGCAGAGCUUAGUGGGUUUAAAUUUUAGAUGAAGAAUCUCAGACUGACCUACACGAUGAAAAUCCACUUCUUGACACUAUUUGGCAGACACGUGCCAGCUCACACACAUGGUAGCAUUAAGUGCCCGUAUGAGACUGGAAAUCUGAAAUGCAAGCAUACAAGAGCAGCUGUGCUAGGUCAGAACAAGGAUACUCCAGCCCUUGAGUUUUUUCUCCACAGUGGCUAUAGGUCAGGAAGAACAAGCACUUCCCCUGAAUACUGUCCUGAGCUCCAACUAUAUUUAGUUUGGGGGACUUCCUGAGCUAUAUUUGUUUUCUGUAUAUUUGCCAAGCCAAAUAAAUCUCUGCCCUGA